UUAAAGUCAAAGUGACAUUGAUGCAAUUGGGCAAAAGAAAAUCUUUGCAACUGUUAUAAAAUUCUUAGAUAUGAUUGGUUUAUAUAUUUAAAUCCAGUAAAGAACUAAGGGCAGGACCAAUCAUAUUAAAGAAUUUUACAAUAGUUGCAAAGCUGCUUUUUUCUGCUGAACGCAGCCACUGUAACCGCGCAAUACUAUAGCAUCACGACACGUAUAACUUAACUUAUCACAGAUCAUAGGAGGCAUCAUAUUAGAUUUGUCAUGUCGCAUGUUCCAACAUCCAACACGCUCCUAUCAUAGCUUUUAUUUAUUCAUUAAACCAUAAAGCUAUAAUCGCAUUACUUCUGAUUAAGGUUACUGGUUAACGAUUCUAUUUUAGCCAAUUACAAUGAAGGUGGCCCAUACUCGUUGCAUCGUGAUGAUUCGCUAAUAUAGAACCGUCAAUCGACAACCAGUGAUAUAAGUUGAUUUGAUCAGCGGAUCACAGCGGACAGCGAGUACAAGCGAGUGUAGAACUUCGUGCUGCUCCGACUUUGCAAUUCGUCAGAUUCAUCUCCGUCCUCGGAUGCUCCGAUUGCUCUGAUGUUCGUCACGCACGCGUUAAAAUCCCGUGUGUCGCUCGUAUCCGCACAAUCUCGCCUGCUCUUCAGAAAUCAAAUUUCUGAAUCUAUUGCUUCGGUGACCAAUAUGACUGAACGUGUGGAAAAGCGAUGUGAUGAUAUAAUAAAAUCACAAAAUGAUGACCGAUUAUAUAGAGGUUUAGUACUCACUAAUAAAAUGAAAGUUAUUUUAAUAAGCGAUCCAACAACUGAUAAAAGUGCUGUUGCAAUGGACAUUAAUGCCGGCUAUAUGUGCGAUCCAGAUGACCUACCUGGAUUAGCGCACUUUUGCGAGCAUAUGUUGUUCCUAGGAACGAAGAAAUAUCCUCAAGAGAAUGAUUACAAUAUAUUUCUGUCACAGAAUGGUGGUAUGAGUAACGCAUCAACACAUUUAGAUCACACCACCUAUUAUUUCGAUGUAACUCCCGAGAAAUUAGAAGGCGCUUUAGAUCGUUUUGCUCAAUUUUUCUUAGCGCCUCUCUUUAUGGAGAACUUGACUGAGCUAGAACUAAAUGCUAUAAAUUCAGAACACGAGAAAAAUAUAGCGAAUGAUACGUGGCGAUUUGAUCAAUUAGACAAAUCAUCUGCGAGCUCAAAUCAUCCGUUUUCGAAAUUCGGCACAGGAAAUAGAGAAACAUUAGACACAAUACCGAAACAAAAAGGCAUUAAUGUUCGAAAUAAACUACUAGAGUUUCAUGAAAAGUAUUAUUCUGCAAAUAUUAUGUCACUGUCUGUUCUUGGAAAAGAGAGUUUAGAUGAACUUGAAAAUAUGGUAGUAGAUCUAUUUUGUGAGUUACGAAACAAGGAAAUUGAAGUUCCAAUAUGGCCUGAACAUCCAUUCAAAGAUGAACAUUUUCGCACUAUGUGGUAUAUUGUUCCAAUAAAGGAUACAAGAAAUUUAGAUAUUUCGUUUCCUUUACCAGAUAUGCGUCCACAUUACCGGUCUUCGCCUGAACAUUACGUUUCUCAUUUGCUUGGACAUGAAGGAGAAGGUUCAUUAUUAUCGGCUUUGAAAGCUAAGGGAUGGUGUAACUCCCUAGUAUCCGGACUACGUCCUGCCGCCAGAGGCUUCAGUAUUUUCAAUAUUCUUGUCGAUUUGACCGAAGAAGGUAUUAAGCAUAUCGAAGAUAUUGUUCUACUGGUGUUUCAGUAUAUCAAUAUGCUUAAGUUGAAAGGACCAAUCAAAUGGAUUUAUGAUGAAUAUAAAGAUAUUGACAAUAUAAACUUCCGUUUUAAAGAAAAGUCUUCGCCUCGUUCUUAUGUGAAAUUUACUGUUCGAGCGUUGCAAGAAUUUCCCAUGAAUGAAAUUUUGUGCGCGCACCUUGUUAACCCUGAAUGGCGGCCUGACUUAAUCGAGGAAAUAAUGGGAUAUUUGAUCCCGAAAAAUGUUAGGAUUCACAUAGCUGCAAAAGCAUAUGAAAAUAUAGCUGAUGAAAUUGAAAGUUGGUAUGGUACUAAAUAUAAGAAAGUGAAGAUAUCCAAGGAAAUAAUGGACAUAUGGAACUCCCCUAGCUUUAACGACGACCUGAAAUUGCCUCCCAAGAAUGAAUUUAUAGCAACUACAUUUGAUAUCAAGCCACAAACUAACGUUGAAAAGUUUCCUAUUAUUUUGGAAGAUACAUCAUUUGUAAGACUUUGGUAUAAAAAGGACGAUGAAUUUUUUGUGCCUAAAGCAAAGAUGAUCUUCGAAUUUUUCAGCCCAUUUGCCUAUAUGGAUCCCCUUAGUUGCAAUUUCACUUAUAUGUUUAUUAAGCUGUUUCGCGAUUCUCUUAACGAAUAUACAUAUGCUGCUGAUUUAGCUGGUUUACGAUGGGAUCUUAGCAGUUUUAAAUAUGGAAUAACACUUUCUAUAGGUGGUUAUGAUAACAAACAACGUGUGCUGUUAGAAAAAAUCAUGGAUCGAAUGAUAAAUUUUAAAGUUGAUCCGAAGAGAUUUGAAAUUCUAAAGGAAAAAUAUAUCAGGAGCUUCAAAAAUUUUGCUGCUGAACAGCCUUAUCAACAUGCUGUCUAUUAUCUUGUAGCCCUAUUAGCAGAGCAAGCUUGGCUCAAGGAAGAAUUACUGGAAGCUACUACCUAUUUAAAUGUCGAGGGACUCCAGCAGUUUAUACCACAGCUACUCAGUAAGGUGCACGUCGAGUGCUUAAUACAUGGUAAUGUGACUGUAACGGAAGCUACAGAUAUACUUAAACUAAUUGAGUCUAAGUUGACAACUGGAGUGCCUAACAUAAUACCCUUGUUAGAACAGCAACUAGUAUUGUCUCGUGAAAUUAAACUAGAAAAUGGUUGCCACUUUCUGUAUGAAGCAGAAAAUAAUUUACAUAAAAGUUCUUGUACAAUGGUAUAUUAUCCAACUGGUUUACAAUCAACAGAGUCGAAUAUGCUUUUAGAACUCUUAGCACAAAUUAUUGCGGAACCUUGCUUUAAUAUUUUAAGAACUAAGGAGCAAUUAGGCUAUAUAGUAUUUAGUGGUAUACGUAGAUCGAAUGGAACACAAGGCUUGCGAAUCAUUGUACAAAGUGAUAAACAUCCUCAAUAUGUCGAAAAACGAAUCAAUUUAUUUUUAGACUCCAUGUUGAAUCACAUAUCUACCAUGACAGAAGAGCAAUUUGAAGAAAACAAGAAAGCUUUAGCUACAUUACGUUUGGAAAAACCAAAAAUGUUAAUUGCAAGGUGUACCUUGUAUUGGAAUGAGAUUGCGGGCCAACAAUAUAACUUCGAUCGAGUCAAUAUUGAAGUGGCUUACUUAAAGACGAUAUCACGGCAGCAAUUACUUAAUUUCUUUAAGGAAAAUGUACAUAGUAAGGAUCGACAUAAAUUGUCAGUACAUGUGAUAUCCACAGCGUCAUCGGAAAAGAGUUCACCUGAUAACACAAUCGAAAAAACUGCCGAUUUAUCAACUGAUGAAGAAGUUAAGAAAAUCGACGAUAUUUUGUCAUUUAAAAAUAGUCAAUCUUUGUAUCCUCUAGUUAAACCGCUUGAAAAAUAUUUUCUCAGGAAAGGCGUACGCUCUUCUAAGUUAUAAAAAAAGUGAUGAGAUAAUAGUGAAUUGAACAAAUGAAUUUACUUACCCAUAAUUUAAGAAAAAAAAACGAUGCAUUAUUUUAGAGAAAUUAAUGAAUCACUUGCUGUAUCUAAGGUGAUUCUUUAGUACACUUACACAGCACCGAAAAUUUUCAGAAAUAUCUCAGAAAUAAUCUUCCACAACGGACUCUUCUAAAUUAAAAAAAAAAAGAAAAAGAAUCCAAAAUCAAGGCGAUUGAGAGUCGACGUGAUAAUUAGUAUGCAAAAUUAAUUCUUGAAUUUUUAUUCCAAUAAUCUUUGAACGUUUCGACUUUUUCUCUAGCUUUGAACAUAAAAUAUAUUAGCGACAAGUAUAUUAGCGUGUUUUCAUGGAAAAAUUUUUAUUCUGUGAAACCAUUACGAAGAAAUUCGACAAGAGCAAAAA